UUAGCUGGCUUAAAAUUAAGAAACCAGGUAAGCCGAAGACGGAAGCACCCGAGGUCCCGAACCCCGUUCACUUUCCUCGUCGUCAUUGCCGAUACUGUGAUCGUCACUCGAUUAAGCCAUUAAGGUUUUGGAGAAGACCGAAGCGGAGAAUGAAAUUCACGUGCUGCAGUCGUUGAGGUUUAGGGUACCUGUGUUUCUGGAACAUAUCCAUUUCUUCAGAUUAGUCAUGGCAUCCUCGAGCGAGAUGGACUGCCCUGGUGAAGAUGAAGGUCAAGAAGAAGAAGAGCUGGAACGGUUUGAUGAUUUUACUCUUGCCUCUUCAUGGGAAAGGUUCAUAUCUGAAAUAGAGGCAGUUGUCCGGCAAUGGAUGGCUGAUGGUCCAAAAAAUUUAUUGGAAAAGGGUGCAGUUCACCUGGGCUUUUCAGGGAGCUUCUACAAGGUAAAAUUUGGGUUGAAGUAUGCUAUGAAAAGCUAUUGCCUGGAGUACUACUUUGAAACCAGUCACAAUGGCAAAGUUGCAGACUGGACUUGCAGUUUGCAUGAUUUGCAGUUGUCUUUUGGAGUAAAAGAAUUUCUGGUGAUUGCACCUCAAAGUGCUAGUGGCGUUGUUCUUGAUGCACCGGAGGCUAGCAAGCUUUUAAGUGCAGUAGCAAUUGCUCUGUCAAAUUGUUCCAGUUUGUGGCCAGCAUUUGUUCCAGUGCAUGAUCCUUCUCGUAAAGCGUACAUUGGUAUUCAAAGCAUGGGGACAAUUUUUACCAGAAGAUUUGAGGCAGAUCGUAUUGGUAGCCAAGUUCCUGUAAAACUCAUGCAUUUGGAAGGACUAUAUGAAUUGUUUGUUUCUAAGUUUGCUUUCUCCCCAACGGACUUUUCAAUGCAUCUUUAUAAAGUCUACUUUACGAUGAAGCUAACAUACAGAACCCUUCCCCAUGAUGAUGAUGAUGAUGGUGAUGAUCUUCAAGGGGCUCAUGCUGAAAUUACUGGAUCUAGUGGAAAUGAUGGAGGUGACUCCCACAAAAAAGCACAAUGGGAUGAUGAUUGCCCUUGGAGUGAGUGGUAUUCUGCGGAGGACCCAGUGAAAGGAUUUAAAUUGAUCACCAUAUGGUUGGAGAAGAUGGUUGAAAGCUCUCUGGAAAUGGCUGAAUUGGAAAAUGCUUCACCCCAUGAAGCUGAGAACUGGAUCUUAGUGCCGGAUUUAUCUACAAAUAUAAAUGAUGAUUCCAAAGGAAACUCGGUGGGAUUUGCUUCGCAGUUGCGCCUUUUGGUUGAUGCUUUGAAUAUGUCCUUUGAGGCUCAAUUUAUGGAAGAUUUUGUGUCAGUUGAAAACUCAAGUUCUGAAAAUUUGAGGUCCUCGACGGUCAUUCCUCCACCAUCAGUUCUUGACCGCAUUCUCAAAGAUCUAUUUCUUGAAGGAGAUGUGGUCUCAAAUUCUUCCAAGGGCGAACAUAAGAGUUCUCGGACUAUUAAAGGGGCGCCUCUUGAAUCACUUUUUGCACAGUUUUGUUUGCACUCUAUUUGGUUCGGCAAUUGUAAUAUACGUGGUAUUGCUUUGCUCUGGAUUGAGUUUGUUCGAGAAGUUCGUUGGUGUUGGGAAGAGUCUCAGCCAUUGCCCAGAAUAGCAGCAAAUGGUGUAAUUGACCUGUCAACUUGUUUGAUCAACCAGAAACUGCAAAUGCUUGCAAUAUGCAUUGAGAAGAAGUGUCAACAAAAUCAAGAUUUUCCAGGAGCUUCUGCUCAGACCAAGGAAGAUAAUCUAGUUGAGGAGAGCUCAUCUCGUAUGGAGAUACCUAAUGAAGAAUUUGAUGGGACACAUGACAGGCCCUUGACGCCAGAUGUUGCAUGUGAUUCUAAAACAACUAUAUCAAGGUUUAGUACUAGGCCGGCUGAUGUUGUAGUAUCAGUUGAUCCAAAACCUUCAGAUCGUGUGAGAAGGGGUUCUGCUGGUGUAGUGGGGUCUAUGAUGCUUCUGAAAUCAUACCAGAACAUGCAUACUCCAUUCACCCAGGAUGCACCGCUUAUGACAGAAGACAUGCAUGAAGAGCGACUGCAAGCUGUUGAGGCCUUUGGAAAUUCAUUUAACUUCUCAGCUCAGUUGGAGAGAGAGAUUUUAUCUUCAGACAUGUCAGCAUUCAAAGCAGCAAAUCCAGAUGGUGUUUUUGAAGAUUUUAUCCGUUGGCAUUCGCCUGGAGAUUGGGAGCAUGUUGUUAUUGAAGAUAGUGGGGAAUCCAGUAGUCAUGCGGUGGAGGCAGUGAAAGAUGGUUGGCCUCCUCAAGGAAAACUGUCACAGAGAAUGUCAGAGCAUGGGAAUUUAUGGCGAAAAAUUUGGAAUGAUGCACCAGAUUUACCGGCUUCUGAACAAAAGCCACUUUUGGAUCCAAAUAGAGAGGGAGAAAAGGCCCUUCAUUACCUCGAAACAUUGCCACCACAUCAACUGCUUGGGCAAAUGGUUUGUACUGCCUUCAGAGCAUCAGCCGAUACUCUUAACCAGACUAAUUUUGGCGGCUUAAAGCAAAUGACAACCAAAAUAGGACAACUUUACCUUACAAUAGCUUCUGUGCUGAAGCCCUUGCAAGCAAAUCAUCUCUCUUCCAACAGUGAGAUUAUUGAAGACCUUAGACGGCUUUGUGUCGUCAUGGAACAUGUUGAGAAGUUACUAACUCUCGCAGCUUCUCUUCAUCGCAAGUUCUUGCAAGCACCACGCCUCUCGGAGGCAAUUUUUGAUGACUACUACAAGUUUUACCUUCCUAAAAUGGGAACAGGUUUAGUGGAAGCCAAUCUUCCUAUGGAGUUUAACACGAAGCAACAAAUAAAGGUUCAUGAGAGACAGCUCGUCACAAAUAUGUUUACGCCACCCAAUGCUAACCAGUCAUGGAGGAAAGUUCUAAGCAUGGGCAAUCUUCUAAAUGGUCAUGAACCAAUCCUUAGGGAGAUUGUAUUUUCCACACGGGAUAGGGUGAGCAGCAGUCAUUAUGCAGCCCCGACUCCAAGUGGUUAUCAAAAGGUAAUAGAAACAUAUCGAAUGUAUAUUAGCGGAACAUCAAAUGAUCUACGAGUGGCCCUUUCCGUCACCUCUUGUGAUUAAUAGCCCAUUGUUUUACCAUAUUAUUGUUAUUCUUGUCAUUAUUUAUUUGAUCCCAACUAUCCUACUUAUUUCCAUAAAUUGCACGGAGUAUCUGCUUCCAAUGGAAAUGAAAUAUAUAGCAUUACAUUUUAAGUUGCA